AGUUAACCCCGUUCACGCCCAUUUUUCCUUCUGUUGAGUUCGAGUUCUUACCUCUGGUACAUUGUGCACUGUGUAGUCAUGACAGACAGCAGAUUAGGAAGAAGAAAAGCACCUGACACAGGUAGUGUAUAUGACAAGCCUCUACCCAAGGGGAAAUCAGAAAUUAAUCUCAGUACAUUUGCCUUCCUAUUCUCUGAGGUGGUCCAGUACAACCAUGGUCGUGUCACGUCACUCACACAGCUACAUGAGAAACUUUCUGAACUGGGUCAUCACGUUGGGUUCAGGAUGAUCGAUGUACUGGCUCUGAGGGAGAAGGCUCCUAAGAGAGAGACCAAACACGUCAAUAUGCUCUGGUUCAUUCAGAAAACACUCUGGAAGACACUGUUUGGCAAAGAAGCUGACAGACUGGAGCAAGCCACAGCAAAUACUUCCAUCUACUAUUUGUUUGAAGAUGAGCCACUGGUGAACAAAUUCAUUUCUGUCCCCAAGGAUCAAAGUAGCCUGAACUGUGCAGCCUUCAUGGCUGGUGUCAUUGAAGCUUUCCUCAAUGGAACUCAAUUUCCAUGCAAAGUGCGAGCUUUUGGUAUCAAGGAUAAACCCACCACUGCAUUUGAGAUAAGAUUUGAGGACUCUGUAUUGAGUAGAGAUAAGAUUUUAGAGACUUUGAAGUGAUAUAUGUUAUAUAGUUUGUGUAUACUUAAUCGUUGGUACUUGUCUUGUUUGUACUUAUGUCACCCAUGCAUGCAUGUGUAUCAGAAAUUAUGAUAUAAUAUUUUAUUAUACAACUCGA